AUGGACCUGCAAGCCCACGACUCGAACGAGGCCAACCUCGUCUCGCAACUCACGAGCCGCCUCACCCAGCUCCAGCACGAGAAGGACGCACUCGAGCGCGCUGUCGAGGGCCAGGCCGACGCCAUCGCGCUCCGCCUCCGCCUCGCCCUCCUCGCCUCGGAGCAGCAGCGCCCUCGCUCCUACUCGGGCCACCGCGGCAGCUCGUCGCACCGCCACCGCCACCACAGCAGUAGCUCGUCGAAGCCCUCGCCUUCCUCGUCGCUGUCGACCUCGGCCUCGACCUCGUCGACCACGUCCUUCCCCUCGUCCCCCUCGACCCAGCUUUCGCCCGACCUCUCCGUGCCCGACCUGUCGCCCGACGUCCUCCAGGCCCUGCGCGAGAACGAGACGCUCCGCGUCCGCCUCGCCAACAGCGAGCGCGUCAACGCCUACUACCAGCGCGAGCUCGCCGAGCUGCGCCGCCGGUGCGGCAUCUCGAUCGACGAGCUCGAGGAGCUCGACCUGAGCGACCCGUCGCACGCCCGCCAGGGCAUCGGCGCCCGCACGCGCUCGACUUCACGCGGUGCCGCCGUGUCGGACUGGGCGCACGGCGCGUCGGCCGCGACGAGCUCGAUCCGGAUCCCGGGUGCGGCGCCGUCCGUGUCGCCGCCGGGCACGGCCGCCGGCGCAGCGCGCUUGUCGAGCCUGGCGUUCCCGUUCAGCGCCAACUCGCGGUACAGCGCCGCGUCGGGCGCGUCGAGCGUCAACACGACGGCGACCACGCCGUCGUCGUCGUUCCCGGCCAACCGCGCUCCGGCCCCGACCCCGGCGACAGCCGCCGCCUUUUCACCGGCGUCGUACGUCUCGAGCCUUGCGCCAGUCGCACUCGGGCCGGGAGGCGCAGGUCCCGCCGUCGGGCCCGCCGCGGCGCUCGCGGUCGGCAACCCGCACCACCACCACCAUCAUCGGGCGGCGGCGGCGCGGCGCAACAGCCUGUCGGGCCUCGUCGCGACGCACUUUGCGCCACCUGCGCGCUCGUCGGGCCGGGGCGUCGUCGCGGCGAGUGCGCCGAGCGGCGCGAGGAGCGGCUCCGGGUCGUCGAGUUCGGCAACGUACGCGCCGUCGCCUGCGCCGACGGGCGCGGCGAGCGACGCGGCGCUGUCGCAGGGCAUCGACGUCGACGACCUGCUGCACCUGCGCGUCGCGCAGCCGGCUGCGGCGGCGAGCGCGUCGACGAGCGGGUACGGCACCUCGCGGUCGUCGUCGGCAUCGUCGGCGUCUCUCGCCGUCGUCGCUGCGGCCGCCGGGUCGUCACCAGCCGUCGAGCAAGCGCAGCAAGUGCCGGCCUCGGACCCGCUCGUCGCCGCCAUCACGCGCUCGCUCGCCAAGCUCGCCGCCGCCGGGUGGGGCGCGUCGCCCUCUCCGCCGCACGCCGACCUCGACACCGACGUCGACGGGCCCGCAGCCGGCUCGGCGUCGUCUGACGACGACGGCGAUGGGGGCUCGGCGACUGGGAGCGGGAGCGGGAGCGGGACGGCGGCCGAGGAGAGCCGGCCUCGGGGUGCGAGCGCCAGAGGGGAGGGCGACGACACGCCCGUCAGCGUGUCGCCGAGGACGGCGCGGCGCAUUCGGCCUCUCUCGUCCUCGUCGGGUGCGGGUGCGGGUGCGGUUGCGGGUGCAGGAGCGUCGAGCGGGGCAGCGACGAGCAGGAGAGGGCGACGGUCCGGAUAGAGCGUCGACUUUGUUGCACAACCUCGUUUUUCCUCCUCCUCGCUGCUACACACGCUUCGAAAGAGACACAGGCUCGACUAGACAAGAAGAGAUAGAGACGGGCCUGGGCUCACAGCGCGGCACGCUGCUCGAUGAAGAAAAAAGGGGUUCAGACGGC